AUGGAUCGCAGCAGAGAGGCCGAGAUGGAGCUGAGGAGAGGGCCCAGCCCUCCCAGGACCAGCCGGAGCCAGGAGGUGGACGGGGACAGGGCCGCCUGCCAUAGCUGCUGCAUCUGUGGCAAGAGCUUCCCCUUCCAGAGCUCGCUGUCGCAGCACAUGCGCAAGCACACGGGGGAGAAGCCCUACAAGUGCCCCUACUGUGACCACAGGGCCUCCCAGAAGGGCAACCUCAAGAUUCACAUCCGCAGUCACCGCACGGGGACUCUGAUUCAGGGACAUGAGCCAGAGGCAGGCGAGACACAGCUGGGCGAGAUGCGCGUGUCCGAGGGCCUGGACGGGUGCGCCAGCCCCACCAGAAGCACCUCAGCCUGCAAUCGGAUGCUGAAUGGGGCCGUGCAGGUGGAUAGCAGCAAGAUCCUGCUGCGGAGCAGCCGGAAGGAGGCCGAGGGGACAGCCAGUGCCCCGGAGGAGGCUGAGGCCGUGGCCCAGUGCUCCUUCUGCAAGAGCCAGUUUGAGCGUCAGAAGGACCUGGAGCUGCACGUGCACCAGGCCCACAAGCCCUUCAAGUGCAGGCUGUGCAGCUACGUGACCUCGCGGGAGGAGUCGCUGCUGAGCCACAUCGAGAGGGACCACAUCACCGCGCAGGGCCCCAGUGGCAGCGAGGCCUGCGUGGAGAACGGCAAGCCCGAGCUGAGCCCCGGGGAGUUCCCCUGUGAGGUGUGCGGCCAGGCCUUCAGCCAGACCUGGUUCCUGAAGGCGCACAUGAAGAAGCACCGGGGCUCCUUCGACCACGGCUGCCACAUCUGUGGUCGGAGGUUCAAAGAGCCGUGGUUCCUUAAGAACCACAUGAAGGCUCAUGGCCCCAAGACUGGGAGCAAGAACAGGCCCAAGAGCGAGCUGGACCCCAUUGCCACUAUCAACAACGUGGUCCAGGAGGAGGUCAUUGUCGCCGGCCUGUCCCUCUAUGAAGUCUGCACCAAGUGUGGAAAUCUGUUUACAAACCUGGACAGCUUGAACGCCCAUAACGCCAUACACCGCCAGGUUGAAGCCAGCCGGAUGCGAGCCUUGGCCGAGGAGGGGGCUGCAGAGGGCCCCCCGGACACCAAGCAGUUCUUCCUACAGUGCCUGAAUCUGCGACCAGCCCUGGCUGGUGACAUGUCCCCUAGCGGGCAGGCUGGAAGACGGGUGGCUGAGCUGGACCCCGUCAACAGCUACCAGGCAUGGCAGCUGGCCACCAGGGGCAAGGUGGCUGAGCCAGCAGAGUACCUCAAGUAUGGGGCCUGGGACGAGGCACUGGCGGGGGACGUGGCCUUUGACAAGGACAGGCGUGAGUAUAUCCUGGUGAGCCAGGAGAAGCGCAAGCGUGAGCAGGAUGCUCCGGCCACACAAGGCCCCCCCAGGAAGAGGGCCAGCAUGCCUGGCGACCCCGUGCUUUCCAGCCACCUCGACCCCCGGCCAGCGGCACGCCCCAGCCGCCGGGCCACGGCCACUGCUGGCCAAGGCAAGUCCUCGGAGUGCUUUGAGUGUGGCAAGAUCUUCCGAACAUACCACCAGAUGGUGCUGCACUCGCGUGUGCACCGCCGUGCUCGCCGCGACAGGGGAGCCGACGGGGACAGGGCGGCACGCGCCCGCUGUGGCUCCCUCAGUGAGGGCGACUCGGCCUCCCAGCCCAGCAGCCCCGGCUCGGCCUGCGCCACUGCCGACUCCCCAGGCUCCGGGCUGGCAGACGAGGCAGCAGAGGACAGCGGGGAAGACGCUGCGCCUGAGUCUGCAGCAGGGGGACAGCCGCGGCGCUGCUGCUCUUCCGAAGAGGUAGCAUCGACUGUGCUCUCCAACGGAGACCAGAGUCACAAACCUGGAAAUAACCCGCCAGAAAAAGCCGCCAGUGAGUGCCAGGCGGGGGUUGCAGCUUCUGUGUCCAUACUUGAAGGCAGUAGCAGAGAGACUUCCAAACGCCCUGAACAACAUAGAUUUUCUAUUGACUUAAAGAUGCCAGCAUUUCACCCCAAGCAGGAGGCGCCCAGCUCUGGCGACGGUGUGGAUUUCCCUUCAGUUAUGGAAGGAACUGACCUGCAGCCUGCACUGGAGAGCCAUGCUGGCCACCCUAAAGAAAAGCUGUCUGAUUUGCACAAUAAAGAGCAUUCUGGGGGAGGAAAAAGGGCACCCUCUGCAGACCUGAUCCCACUCGAUUUGAGCAUGAGGUCCACCCGGGAUGAACCUGGCAGUAAGGAAGCGGUCCCCUCCCUGCAAGCUGCUUUGGUCACUCACCCAUGUCCUUACUGCAGCCACAAGACCUACUACCCGGAGGUUCUGUGGAUGCAUAAGCGUAUCUGGCACAGGGUCAGCUACAACGCCAUGGCCCCCCAGUGGACGCAGCCCAGUGGCCACAAGAGCAUCAGAAACCACUUGGUCUUCCUGGCCCGGAGCGGACGCACGGGCCCUCCACCCGCCCUUGGGGGCAAGGAGUGCCAGCCCCUGCUCCUUGCUCGUUUCACCCGCACUCAGGUGCCAGGGGGUGCGCCAGGACCCAAAGGCAGCUCUUCUCCCCUGGGGGCCACCAUGAAAGCCGCUAGCAUGCCUAAGAAUAAGGAGAGCCAUUCCGGGAGCCCCUGUGCACUGUGGGCAUCUGGUCCUGACGGGUAUCGGCAGGCCAAGGCAGGCCACAGCCAGGAGCCUCCCAGUGCUGCAGGGCAGGGGCCCCCAGCCAAACCCAGGCCGGAGGCCAGCUCCAAGCCAGCGUCUGUCCUGGGCAGCGGGGGCCUCGGCAGAAGUGCCACCCCCACGCCCUCUGUCAUAACCCGGGUGGGUGCCCAGCCACUGGCCAACAGCAAGCCCGUGGAGAAGUACGGAGCACCCUCGAUGGGGGCUGGCUAUGCCCCUUCAAAUAAGCACAGUGCCCCUGACUCCCUGAAAGCCAAAUUCAGCCCUCAGCCUCAGGGCCCACCUCCUGUGAAAGGUGAAGGGGGCCCUCCACUACCUCCCCGUGAGCCCCCCUCAAAGGCGGCCCAGGAGCCGAGGACUCUGGCCACCGGUGCUGCAGGAUCCAGAGGGGACGCAGCGUUGCAGGCCCAGCCGGGAAUGGCCGGGGCGCCCCCUGUCUCACACUCCACCAAACAGGAGUCCGCAGCCGAGGGCCACGAGAAGCGUUUGGACAUCCUCAACAUCUUUAAGACGUACAUUCCAAAGGACUUUGCUACGCUCUACCAGGGCUGGGGCAUCAGCAGCCCUGGGCCGGAGCACAGAGGGACGCUGCGGACACAGGCUCGCCCGGGAGACUUCGUGUGUGUCGAAUGCGGGAAGAGCUUCCACCAGCCAAGCCACCUCAGGGCCCAUGUGCGGGCACACACAGUGGUGUUUGAGUGUGAUGGUCCCCGAGGUUCCGAAGUUCACACUGCCUCCACGGAUGCUCCCAAACAAGGGGGAGACCACGCCCACCCCGGCUCCGCGCAGACCCUGCCGCUCAGGAAGGGAACCUAG